GUAAUAUGGCCUGCUUGAUACAAUAAAGCCAAAGAUCUACCCGAGUGAAAAUCAUUUAGGAUAUUGAAUGUCUAAUUUCCAUAUCUUUAUCUGGCAUGAGAAAUAAGUGCAGUUUAACAAAAAAGGUGGAAAAGAUUCAUUAAUAUACGGAUUAAUAGGUCAGAAAGUCAUUAAAAUAGUAAUUAACGUUAUCCGUUUGACAGCUAUAUAUAUUAAUCGACCGAGAUUGCAUCUGAUCGGAAUUAUAUGAAUUUUAAUAGGGAAAAUGAAAAUGUCACAGGAUUUGACUCAUUGGAGAAGAAACGAGUAACUUUUUUAACAAAUGACACUGGAAAAAUUAUAUUUUCAGAACUUGAACAGUGAGAAAAAAUUCAAGACAGCCAUUGACAGAAUCUUCUCGUCAUGUAUAUUUCCAAUGAAGACGAAUAAUAUAUUUGUAAAUUAAAGAAGAACUCGUUUAUCAGGUCAAUAUGUCAACCACGACCCGCGAUUCUGACAGUGAUGAUGAUACAUUGACGUCAUCAGACUGUUCGGAGUCCUCGGAUAAUGAAAGCAGCGAACAUGACAGAGAUGAUACAAGUGACACUGCUUCAUAUCGCUCACUGGCAUUUAGUGUAAAAAAGAAUCGCUCGACAGCGAUAGUAAAAUCAAAGAAAUCUAAGAAAAGGGUACGAUUUAAACCAGGUGAUAGUCUGGUAUUAAUUUAUGUAAUACCUAACAGAGAAAUGUUAGGACUUAAAAGUGACUCUGAAGAUUCUGAUUACGGCGACAGUGAUGAUGAAAGUGAUGAUGAAGAAGAUGAUGACGAUGAUGAUGACGAAGAUGAAGAUGACGAUGAAGAUAACGAUGAAGAUAACGAUGAUGAUAGUGAGAAUGACGACGAUAGUAAUAAUAAAAUGAAUAAAAACAAAGCUGUGAAACCCAAACCGUUUGCAAAACUCCUUGCAGUGAAACAAGUGAAUAGACAUAAAAUUCCCGAUUUACGCAGCAACAUAAAAAGAGCACAGGAAAAACCCAAACCUAUAAGCUUAGAUUUAAAUUCAAAUCCAGCAGGUUCAAGAAUCAAACAACGUUUAAAACCACGUAAGAAAGAGAAAAAGGACGUACCAAAAUCACUGAAAAAAGAAUCAACAGCAAACACUAUUAGUAAAACAAAACAGUCGAAAAACAAGAAAAAUAAGUCCAAUUCAAUUAAAGUAGACGUGAAUAAAACUACUAAAACCAGGAAGAAUAGACCUCGUUUACUGGAAAUACGUGCGACAGUUGAGGCUGAUAGCAAGAAUUCAGAAACUCAAGCAUCAGUUCAAAAAGUUGUGCAUAAAAAUGAUAUAAAACCUAACGUGAUAGAUGUAAAUGAUUCAGUUUGUUUAAAUAGUUCAAAACAUUUAACAAACAGAACUAGGCUACAACCUACAUCGUUCAGGAUAACCAAACCUAGACCAGAUUCUGGAGAAACAAAAGGUGCAAACAGUUUAUCAGAAAGGUCCACUAAAGUUGCACAAGUUGUUUCAGCAAGUUAUGAAUCCUUGAGUAGUGUUCUACCUUCAUCAUACAUAAAUCUAAACUCCAUACAAAACCAUACUGUCGAAGAAACAAUAAGACGAUUGGAUCCUGAGAGCAUGAAUACAAGUGGGAAGAGAAACUACGCAUGGCAGGUAGCCAAUGGAACCAUUUCUAGUCAGUCGUUACGAACACCAAGCAUACUUCCUUUCUGGGACAGUCUGCAAAACUCGGUAGCAGAAAACAAUACAAUUAAAUUGCCAACAUAAAUAAUACAAUUAAGUUGUCAGCAUAAAUAAUACAAUUAAAUUGCCAGCAUAGAUUGUAAACCCACCGAGGAAAACUAUAGUUUAUAGAUGCUAGUACACUGAGCGUACAGUCAGCAGUAGCUACCCAGGUCGACUAUACUACUUGACUUUAGGUCAUACUUUUAGUAAUGAAUAUGAGAAGAGGAAUUGCAAGUUGAUAUUAAGAAACAUCUAAAUCCUACAAAAUGAAAUAAACUAAUGUAUCUUUUGAUUCAAGUUUAAAAAUUAUCAUAGAUAAUCUUUACUUAACAAAAAGCUUGAAAUUCGAUAAAAUUUCGAUAUUAGCCUUUCUUUCGAACAUAAUUGGAGACAUAUAUUCAAAGUGCUUUUUACAUGAUUCCAGUUCAACAGAUUGUCUACUAUAUUGCUUUGAAAUUUAAUUUGUGAAAUUUCUCAAGUUGUGAAAUGUGAAAUGAACUGUUCAUAGUGAAAGAGUAAUACGCAUUAUUUCUACGCAUCGAUGUCGCUAGGUACCUCAAGGUGACAAGCAUAAAAGAAUUAAACUCAAUUUAAAUAAAAUAGUUUUCUCUACUAAUUCCGACUAUCUCUACUAUUUCAAGAAUAAUAUCAAGAACAAUAAACAAAGUAAAGAUUACAACACGUUUUUACGUCCCAAACUAGAAUAUUGUUCAACCGUUUGUCUCCCGUGGCAAAAGAACUUGCAUUGUGAAAUGGAAUGAUAAACAGGGCUGAAACAAUUAUGGCUACACUGGCAGGGUUUCCCGAAUGAUAAAUACUAGCAAACCGUAGAUAAACGUCGUCUCCACAUCCCAUCCCAAUAACUAUAUUCUUCAAAGUAAAAUGUAAUGGCUACCCAGGAACUACCUUAUUCAUCAGUCACUUACCAAAUACUGCUCGAAUUUUUUUUUCGAAAGCCUAUUUGCUAUUAUAGGCGGGUACUGUAACUUUACAUCUAACGAUUGUGAUGAAAGCUUUAAGCUUAUUUGAACCAAUCUCGAGUCCGCUUCCUGGAAAAACCAGUACUGGUGUCAUAUGAGAAGUCAUGGUCGUGACCCCAAUGUGGCUCGAACCAAUGACCCUGGGUUGAGCGGCCGACACCUUAACCACUAGACCACCGCUCCCAGUUUCACUAUGUUGUACUCGAUUAUCGAAAUAUAAAUGUUUCACUCUUUUCUUGAUUCUUGCAUUUGACUGGACUAGAAUCUAAAAGUUGUUAAUUGUUGAAUUAGGUUGGCAGAGUAUAAAUACUUCAGCCGAGAGAAAGCGAACGUUGACAUAAUUUUAAAGCAUGUUUAAAAAAGUCUUCAAAACAGGAAAUUAUAAGUUGGCCAAAAGUGCAGCAAAUAUCUAGAGUAAACAACUCCCUGAUAAAUCAAUCUUCCUGGAUUUACAAUAAAUCUCAAGGAUUUAUUUUGGUUUAAAAGGUUUUAUGCAUUAGAUAACCAUUUAAAAUUGUCAAAAUCACUCUCGUUAAAAUGUUCAAUGUUUACUUUGCAGAUACAGAAUAUAUGUUAAUUUGUGUUCAGAAGUUUGAAUUAUUUCUCAUCUGUUCAAUCCACAUUUGAGCCGUGCCAUGAGAAAAUCAACAUAGUGGGUUUGCGACCAGCAUGGAUCCAGACCAGCCUGCGCAUCCGCGCAGUCUGGUCAGGCUCCAUGCUGUUCGCUUUUAAAGCCUAUUGGAAUUGAAGAAACUGUUAGCGAACAGCAUGGAUCCUGACCAGACUGCGCGGAUGCGCAGGCUGGUCUGGAUCCAUGCUGGUCGCACACCCACUAUGUUGGUU